GGGGCAGCCAUCAUGGCGGCCGCGCUGAGGGGAAGGGCAGCGCGCGCCGCCGUUGCCAUGGGCACCGCAUCGGGCCCGCAGCGGGAACCGGGGCCGCAGCUCCGCUCCCGCCGAACGGGGGAACGGGGACAGCCCCGGGCAGCCUCCCGGUGCCAUCGGCAACGCGGCUCGGGUAGGCCAGAGGUGCGGGCAGCACUUCCCGCGGUGAGCGAACAGGACCUAGCGGGUCCUGGCAGGUCACAGCGGCGAGCCGGUAAACAAUGGAGCCAGAUGGAAAAGUGAAUGAAGAUUUCAAAAGCCAGUUCAAGGCUUAUCAGGAGCAACAGCAAAGGCGGCUGCAGAACUUGAAGGAGAUGAAGAAGGAGAAGCAGGACAGGCAGAAGGACACUGGUAGCACAAAGGAGACUAUAAGAGCCCUGAGUGAUCUAAACCUGUUUAAAAAAGGACCUCCUGUAAAUGAAGAUGCCAGCAAAAGUUUGCUUGAGGCUGAGAAUGAGCAGCUGCAGGAUCAGCUCCGAGAGGUCCGGGAUGAGAACUGCAGGCUCUACAGACUGGUGUCAGAGAAAGAUUUUGAAAUAAAGGAGCUCCAGAGAAGAGUACGGGAGGAGAGGUUGGCUCUGUCAGGGGUGUCUGGUUUAGCUGGAGACGUGGCUGCCACUAAAAUCGUUGAGUUGGCCAAAAAGAACCGCGAGGUCACUGCUGAGUUUGAGAGCGAGAGAGCCAAAGUGAAGCAGCUGAAUCACAGAGUCAAGGAGCUGGAGAGAGAACUCCAGGCAGCCACAGAAAAAAUCCAUUCCCUUGGUGGUGAUGCUGCAGGAAUCAAGGAAUCAACUCUGAAAAUGCUGGAAGGAAACUUGGCUGAAAAUCCAGAGGUGAAAGCACUGCAAGAAAAAUUGAGCACAGCCAACGUAAAAGUGACAGAAUAUCGGAACCAGCUCCAGAAUCUGAAACAGGAACUGAAGCUGACCCAAAAGAUUUUAGCCAAAGAAGUUGGGGAAGAUGUGAAUAUCCAAAAUCUCAUGGCCAAUUCUGGCAACUGGCGUGGACGAGCUCAGCAAAUUCUUCUUCUCCAAACCAAGGUUCAGGAGCUGGAGCAUAAACUGAGUCAUCAAAAAAUCAGAGCUUCACUGCUUGAGGUGGAUGAGGGAUUGCUGGCAUUUCCUGAUCCAAGGAAGUUGUCAGUCCAAGAGAAGAACUUGCUGAAGAUUCGCAGCUUGGAAAAAGAAAAGAAGGAAUCUUUGGAGAAACUCUCUGAGCAACACAGCACUCUCCAAAAAAACCAUGAGGAAUUGAAAAAGAAACUUGAUGCCUCAAAAGCCAGGAACCAAAUGCUCUGUGCAGAAGUGAGGACGCUGAAGGGACAGAUUGGAACCUUGCUGGAGAAAGGGAAACACGAUGAUGAGCUCAUAGAUGCCUUGCUGAGCCAGCAGAAGCAAAUGCAGGAGAUCUUAAAGGGCCUGAGCCAAAAGGAGGAUGUGAACAAGGGGUCUCAGGAGAUGAUGGGGCAGCACUUGGAGCCUGAGAUUCAGAAAAAAGGCACCCUGAUAGAUGAGCUCAGCAAGUUGGUGGUUGACAGAGAAAGAAAGGUUCAAAUGCUGGAGAAGGAGAUUGGGCAGCUCAUACUUCAGGACAAGUCAGGAGCUGCUCAUCCACCAUGCUCUGAGCACUCAGGAUCACCUGAGGGGUCAGGCAGCAGCAGAGCUGGAAGGACAGAAUCUGCCUGCACAGUGUCUGCGAUGGGCCACGUGCUUGUGGAGUCAGCAGCCACAGAGCCUUUCUUCCUCAUCCCACCUGGAAGGAGUGGGAACCAGGCUCUCUGUGCUUGUGCUUCCCUCAGGUCUGCUGGCACGGACAGCUCCAGCCGGGAGGCGCUGCUGGGACAGAUCAAAAGGCAAAGUGCUCUGUGCCAGGCUGCCAAAGCAGAGAGGGAAAAGCUCUUGGAGCUGGUGGCUGUGCUGGAGAAAAGGGUGGAGGAAAUCAGCAACAACAUCUUGGAAACUGAGAAGAAGCUCCAGGAAGAGGAGUGGCAGAGUGACAGCUUGGAACAGCAGCUCGAAAAGCUGCAGGUGGAUGCAGGGAGCAGCACAAGUGCACAGGAGCUUGCCCUGAGGAGCAGAAAAGCCCAGCCCAGCCUCCCCUUGCCUGAGAGUGACAGAGAGGAGCUCUCUGCAUCCCUGCCCGAGCUGCCCCGGGAAGCUCAGGAGGAGGAGCUGAGCAGGAGCUCCCAGAGCCUCAUGAAAAACCACUUGGCUCUUCACCUGUGUUGCACUUUGAAUUCAGCAGGAUUACAGAUUUCUCAGGAUUAAAAGAAAAACCAAAGAAGGUGAAAAUCUACCGUCUGCCUGAAACUCUCUGGAUACUCCAGGGGGAGCAGCAAAAAAAAAAAAGGGGAAAAAAGGGAUUUGAAGCCUUCUUUUGCUUUCUGCAUUGGGAUGGGGAGUGAGUGGGUUUUUUGCCAGGGGGGUGACACUGAUCUGCCUUUCCUCGUUUUCUCCCCACUCCACACCGAGCCCACACCUUCUGUGUCCACAGACUUCUUUUCCCUCCUGCUGAGGCUCCUCUGCCUGCCACAGGCACUGGGAGAUUGAGGAAUUGUGAGGAUUUCUGAGGAAUUGUGGCCCGUGCUUAUCUGCACCGAGCUCUUAAUUAGCCAGUUAAUUACAGCCAGGUCCCCGGGCAGGGAUGGAGCUGCAGCAGCAGGAUCAGGGCUGGGCCAUCCGAGGGGCUGCAUCCACAUUGUUGUAAAUAAAUAUUAUAAUAUUGGCCUUUUGUGGAAACCCAGGGCACUGGGAAUAUUUCUCUGUCUGCUCUGGGGUGUCCUGACCCCCAGGGAAGCUCUGAUUUUAGCCCUCAUUCAUAGAGAAAACUUCCAAAGCCUCAAGGUAAACUAGAAACCACAAAAGUGUGAAAUAGAUUGUAAAAAUCAUAGAUAGUAGUGUAGGAUAUCACAUGAGUAAAAAAAAUUUAAGUUUUAAGAUUUUUAGUAUAAGUUCAAAAUAACAAAUAUAAAGUGUUGUCUUAAGUUCCUUUCUUCUUCUUCCUCUUUCUUCAUAAGUUUAAGGAAUAUCUUGUGAUUAAGUAGAAAAAUCCACAUUACAAGUCCUUAAAAAUCAGUUUUUAAGUUUAAAAAAAUGAAUUUCAUUGUCACUUCUUAAUUAAGUAACUUAGUUUUCAAUUAAACUUUAAAAGCCUUAUAACAAAAGAUUGUUAGCCAUUUUUAUACUGUUUUUCAUACACAGAAAGUCUAAUACAGACAGUGUGCUGAAGUUUUAAUAAAAUAACAAUAAAACAAAAACCUGAAGACCAAAAAAGCCUUUUACAUCUACUUUUCCUAACAAAAAACUACUUCAAAAAAAAAUUUUCCCCUGUCAGGGGAGCCCUCAAAGAGUUACCCAACAUAAAGCCCACAAAGUCACAGAUAUUAAAAUGGGUGCUUUAUGUAUAAUAUUAAAGUAACUUUGCUAUAAAGAUGUAGUUUUUAUUUCUGUUAGGCAUAGCAGUGGAAUAACUGGUAGAAGAAUUUUAACUUGUGUUAAAAUUCCUGCUUGGCUGAGAUAACAUUCCAUGAACACAUGAAGAGGACCCCUGCUGCUGAUUUGCCAACUAUCAAACUUGCCAUGGGUACAAAGUACAGACCAAAGCCCAAACUAAAGGGGAUAACAAAAACAGACUAAAACCACAACCAAGAAAUACUCCAAAAAGGCAGACCCGAGGAGGAGCCAUGCUAAACAAUUCUUAAAACACGUAAACUAGUUUGGGGAAAAGUUUUAAUAUGCAUAAUUGCUUAUGAAUAUGUAACAGGCUGAUGCAAUAGGAAUGGGAUAUAAAGGGUGUUUCCAAAAUAGCAGGUGUGCUCCUGGCUGAAUGCCAAGCACCCAGCCAUAAAUCUUUGCUUUAUUGUCUUUUUCUCCUGCUGUCCUUUAUUAAACUUUUACAUUUUUA